CCCUCAGACUGCCAGGGGCGACCAGGAGCCACUAAAAAUGUGUGUGUGUGUGAGUGUGUGUGUCUUUGGGGGGUUUAACUAAAGCGACCCCUCAAAGCGAAGAGCUGCUGCUUCAUCUGGAGGAAUUUACGCAUCACGGAAGAGAAGUGUCCUCUGCGCGUCUGAAGACAUCAGUGAAAACAACAACAACAACUCCGUUCGGUCACAUGAGAGGACGGAGAGGACCAGACCCACAUCCCUGCUCCUCCAGCCAAGUCUGGUCUGGUCUAGUCUAGUUGGGUAGGUAUUGGGUUGUGUCCAUGGCUGUGCGCUCCAGGACGGGAUACUACCGGCAGGAGGUGAACAGAACCGCAUGGGAGGUUCCGGAGAGGUACCGGGACCUGAAGCAGGUCGGAACUGGAGCCUACGGGACUGUGUGUUCGGCAUGGGACCGCCGGAUGGGGACGCAGGUGGCCAUCAAGAAGCUUCAUCGGCCCUUCGCGUCCAAACUUUUUGCCAAAAGGGCGUACAGAGAGUUGCGACUCCUCAAACACAUGAAGCAUGAAAAUGUAAUAGGGCUGCUGGAUGUUUUCACUGCGGAGAUCGCGUUGGACCGCUUGCGUGACUUUUACCUGGUGAUGCCGUACAUGGGCACCGACCUCGGCAAGCUGAUGAAGCUGGAGAGAUUAUCAGAGGACAGGGUGCAGUUCCUCAUCUAUCAGAUGCUGAAAGGACUCAAGUAUAUCCACUCUGCAGGGAUCAUCCACAGGGACCUUAAACCUGGGAAUCUAGCCAUUAACCCGGACUGUGAGCUAAAGAUUCUUGAUUUUGGCCUGGCGAGGCAGGCCGAUGCGGAGAUGACCGGCUACGUCGUGACGCGCUGGUACCGGGCGCCCGAGGUUAUCCUCAACUGGAUGCACUACACGCAAACCGGUAAACUCUCUUUGCAUUUUGUGUGUGCAGAAAAAAAAGGCAAAGAGACCAAAGCUGAUGUUUGUUUCUCUCUCUGUGUUGCAGUGGAUAUCUGGUCGGCAGGUUGUAUUAUGGCGGAGAUGCUGCUGGGAAAGCCGCUGUUCAAAGGAAGUGAUCAUCUGGACCAGCUCAGAGAAAUCAUGAAGAUUACAGGAACGCCGGCUGCUGACUUUGUUGUGAAGCUACAGAGCCAAGAUGCCAAAAACUACCUCAGAAGUCUCUCAAAAGUGCCAAAAAAAGACUUACACUCUCUUUUCUCCAAAGCUAGCUCAAACGCCGUGAGCGUCUUGGAGAAGAUGCUGCUCCUGGACCCCGAGUGCAGGGUGAGCGCCUCGGAGGCCCUCGACCUGCCUUUCUUCAGCGAGUUCAGAGACGCCGAGGAGGAGACGGAGGCGCUGCCUUACGAUCAGACCAUGGACAACACAGACCUGCCGCUGGACCAGUGGAAACGUCACACUUUCACAGAGAUUCUCACCUUCAGGCCGAACAGGGACUCCAGAGAGACGUCACUUUAACAGCACACACACAUACACACCUGCACCCAAAAAUAAUAUUUUCUUACUGACUUUGUUGUGUUUAUGUAGGAGUAAAGAAUAUUAGUUUAAGUUUUCAAUAAAUGUGAUUUGUUAAGAGGCUCAGUUGAGUGUUUGUGUGCCGGAUUAUUCAUCAUCAUCCAUAGACGACGUGUUUAAACUCAUACUAACUGCCACUGCUUCCUUAAAGUCAGUCCAUCCAUUCUGUCGCCUGUUUGCAUUUUGAUUUAUUCUGAUAAUGGACGCUUUUCUGGAACUAAGGGCGAGGUCACCCAUUGUACGGUACCAAGGUGAAUGCUGGGAAUGCAGAAGUGAAUAAUGUGGUCUCAUAUUAAGCACAGUACUGUAGGUCCCACAAACAAUUUCUCUUCAUGUAAGGAUGUUUUAAAUGUGAAUGACAUGAUGAUGCAAUGUUACAUUUUGUUGUAUAUGUGUGUUUUCCGAUAUAAAAUCCCUAUUUGUUUGGGACAUGUACCCUUUUAUGCAUGGACAUUUCCCUAUUUGGGCCAGUCUCCAAACCAUUAAACCAUCCAACACUCCCAUAAACUGGCUCUGAGCCACAAGCCCAAAGACGGGCGCAGCGCUACUCUGAAAUCCUUUUCCAUGAACUCUCCCAUCUCAUCUGGCCCAACACUCACCAGUAAAUACAUCUGAAGUGGUUACAGGGUGACUGUGGGUCACCUUCCACGGACUUUGAUCUGCCAUCAAUUAACAGCUAUGGACUUCUCAUUAGAGUGACUAAGAAGGCAGAUAUGUUUCUCCCCGGCUCUCUCUGAUAAGAGCUGUUUGCCUGCUGAUGUUGACCGACUGUUGUAAUUCUAGUUGACUAGUUCCUGGUGGCUGUGCACUUCAGAUUCUUACGGGACGAUGGAUAAUACCUACAUAUCUAAACAAUACGGACGACGCUCAAAUCUCAGGAGACUUUUGUUGCUGCUGUUUCUGGCAGGUAAUACGAGGAUACUCUUUCUGAGAGAAGUUGAUUUUUAGUUGUGAUAAUAUGGUGCUUUGGAACAGUGUGUGAGUGCUGCCGUAUUGAUUUUAAUGGCUGUUGGGAAAAUGUUUUUUACUUUUUGUAUAUUACCUGUUAUAAAUGUGAUGGAUCAUGAACUACA